UGGGGUGGCGGGGCUGGAGGGUUCCGGCCCCGGGUGAGAAGGGGCUGCCCAAGGCUGGGGCGGCUCCAGGCUGCCAGCCCAGGGGACUGGUGGUUUCUUGGAUGCCACAGCUGAGCCUGUCCUGGCUGGGCCUGGGGCCGGUGGCUGCCUCCCCGUGGCUGCUGCUGCUGCUGGUCGGGGCCUCCUGGCUCCUGGCCCGCGUCCUGGCCUGGACCUACGCCUUCUAUGACAACUGCAGCCGCCUCCGCUGUUUCCCGCAGCCCCCGAAACGGAGCUGGUUUUGGGGUCACCUGGGCAUGGACAUCCGGUCCCUCGACCUCCCAAGAGUGUCCUUUCAACCCUCCUUGCUGGGCUGCAUCGUGCUGAGAUUUCCGUUACUAGCUCGUGGGCUGAAGGCGCUUGCCAGCCGGGCUUCCCUUCACGGCCAUCUGGAAAACCUUUGCUUCGGAUCAGUUCAGUGGCCGACAUUCUCCGACCUCUUUUCCACAGUGACACUAGAGAGAGUCAUGAAACAGGACAGACGGGUGACGUGUAAAUUCCCACCCUCCGCCCGUGCAGGGCACCUCAUUCUGCACCCAAACUGCAGCCGGCUCGUGCUGCCGUCCCCUCGUGGACAAGGAGCUGUGUUCACUCGCUGCCUCUAUUUCCCCGCUCGCUCCUCGCCCCCUUCAUGCUCCCUUGAGAUGACCGCGACCUCCAGGCCCCCGAAUCCCAUGGACACCUCCUGGCCCACCUCGUCCGUCUCCCCGCAGCUCUCUGACUUGUUGACUGCCCCGUCCUUCCCCGCACCCCGUCUUCUCCCGGUUCCAGGACCCGCCCUCCCCUGGUCCCCUGGACCUCCCCGUGGACCGGCUGUCUCUGCUGCUGUCUCCCCUGCCCUGUGGGGGUUCUGGGGCCCCAGCCCCCGCUGCCUCUUCUCUCUCUCCCAGGCCCCUCCUCCCCCAGGGCUCCAGCUACGCUGACCAUUGUCCCCUCUUCGUGGGGGGUCUCAAAGAGACCUCAACCCCAACAGGUGUGAAUCUGGACUCACGGCCCCCUCCCCGCACAGCCCCCACCCUCGGUCUAGUCCAUCAGUUGCCCAGACCCCACGCUUUGGGGUCCCCUCGCCCCCUCUUUCUCUCGCUCACACAUCCUGUCCCUUAGCUCGUCUGGCGGUGCUGCCUGGACAAUCUCCCCUCAAUCGGUCCCUUCUCUGUGUCCUCCUGUCGCUCCUGGUCCCCUACACUGCCAUCUGUCUCCUGCCUCUUCUGCUCCUCUUGGUCCACUCUGUUCUCAGCCCUGGAGAGACUUCCGAAAUUUAGUUUAGAUCAUGACACUUCUUGGCUGGAAACCCAUCACUCUGGGGCUAAGGCAUAAAUGUUGCCUGGCCAGGCCCUGUGGGCAUGCCGAGUUUCUGUUUUAUCUCCUCAAUGAGCCAAGCCCUUCCUACCCCAGGACCUUUGCUCAUGCUGUUCUUGUGCCUGGAAGCUCUUUCCUUCCUGUGGACGCCCGGUCUUCCAUUUUCAGCUCAAGUCUAGCUUCCCUUAGAAGCCUUCCUUGACUCCCUAGACCUUGGCGUCUGACUUGGCCCUGCUCAUCCUUCAAUAGUGAACUGUGCAAUUUUGUUUGUUAUCCUUCUGUCUCCUUAGAUGGUAGUGUUUCAGGGGGAGGAGGGUAGACACUCUUUCUACAGUACCUGGCCCCAGGGGUUCACAUACAGUAGGCACUUAAUAAAUGUUUGAUGACCUCGUGGUGGAGGCCAUGUCCUAGGUCUGAGUGAACUUGCCGUCACCUCCCUCGGUCGACCAAGGCCAAAGGGAUGAG